AGGGCAAUAAUAUAAUAUAAUCCAGUCUAAAAGUCAAUGUACCAUCAUUACUUUGUACUUUCACAUUGGACAAAGGAUCAUGGCACCGAAGAGGAGAGCUUCUUCCUCCACUGCUGCUGAAGCUGGGGGUAAAAGGGUCAAACGAGAGCCAGAGACCCCUCUAAAACCUGAAGAUGGAGAGGUUUAUGAAGACUACGACUGCUUACUUAACCUGACAAACAUCGCCAAAAAUAAUAACAAGUUCUAUGUCAUUCAAGUGAGAAAAGAGGGACCCGACUGCUUUCACACUUGGACCAGUUGGGGCAGAGUGGGAUACAAAGGACAGAACAUCUCUAGCAAUUUUACAACAGUGGGAGAGGCCAUCGAAAAGUUUGAGAAGAAGUUUAAAGAUAAAAUCGGAACCAACUGGAGUGAUCGGGACAAUUUUGUGUCUCAUCCUGGGAAGUACACCCUGAUCGACGUGGACGGGGAGGUCAAGGUGGAGAGUAUGGACGGGUCGCUCUGUACUUCGGACAAACCAACACAGGAGCUGAUGGAGCUCAUCUUCAGUAACGACAUGUUCAAAAAGGCCAUGGAGGAAAUGAACCUGGCCCCACCCCUGGAUAAACUGAGUGAGAAGCAGAUCAUGAAGGGUUCUAAAGUGUUGAAGGAGAUUGAACAUGCUCUGAACCAGACAAGUGAACCGUCCAAUUUGGAGGAACUCUCGUCUGAAUUCUACACCAACAUCCCACACGACUUUGGAAACAGCCGACCCCCAACCAUCGACUCCAAAGAAAUCAUCGAGAAGAAGAAGGAGAUGCUUCUGGUGCUUAAAGACAUCAAGCUGGCAAAGAGGCUGAAGUUGGAGACAGCGAAUGCCCAGGAGGUGUCUCAACCAGUGAACCAGCGCAUUCUCACACUGCUUGACAAGACCUCAGAGAGAUACAAGAUAAUUGAGAACUAUUUGAAACAAACAAAAGGCUCAGAUUCAAAUCCCAAAAUCAUCAAUGUUUGGGAGGUCAAUCAACCUACAGAGGGAGAGCGCUUCAGAGAGAACCACCACCUGGAGAACCGGCGUCUGCUUUGGCAUGACACAAACAUCGCUGUGGUCGCGGCCAUUUUGAAGAAUGGGCUCAGGAUCAAGCCUCACUCUGGGCGACAAGGCAUUUACUUUGCAUCGGAAUAUGGAAAGUGCAAAUUGCACACCUUUAAUAACAAAGGGAUCAUGUUCCUGUAUGAGGUGGUUUUGGGUGAAGAACACACCAUCACCACAGACAACAGCUCACUGAUGAAUCCUCCAGAUGGUUUCAACUCUGUGGUGGCCCGAGGAAGAGUGGAGCCAGACCCCUCUCAGGAUGUGUUCAUCACUCUGGAUGGAAAGAAGGUGGCAGUACCCCAAGGCCCUGCCAUCGAACAGUCUCAGUAUCAGAACAGCAGCUUCCAUAACAGUGAAUAUCGUAUCUACAAAGAGAGCCAGUGCUGUAUACGCUACCUGCUGCUGCUGAAGUGAAUGACAAUAACACUAAUGAGGUGUUAAUACUGGAUAGAGAGAUCAUGGGUUCUGUUGCCGUCUUCUCACUUGAGAAAUGGCAUAAUUCUUAAAAAAGAAUGUAAAAACAGGGCCAGAAAUGUAUGUGUAAUCAGAAUGAAUAAAAUGUUGAAUAAAAUGUGCCUAGAAAAAUGAUUCAAAGCUCCCAUGUUACCUUAAAUCAGGGCUCUCCACUGAAAUAUCCCUGAGGGUCAAAAUUCCCACUUUGCAAAAGCACAAAAAUUUUGCCAGAAGACAUUUUUUUUAUUUGGUAAAAUACAAUGGUAAAAUCAGCAAUUGAUCAACAAUUAUAGAUCCCACAACAACUCACUAAAAACUUUAUUUAUCAAAAGCAUACAAUGUUCCUUUUUCAAUUACUACUGCAUUUGUUGGAAAAUCUCAAGAAAAACAUAUCUCUUUAAUGAGAGAAGUGAGUGAUGUGAAGAAGCAAUUUUUCUGAAAACUGGCUUGAAAUGUGUAGAAAUCUUAAAACACUGUCCAAGAUGCACAUCUGUCAGUCAAGAUCUGCUCCCGUUCACACAGGCUUAGUCCAGUCGUGCUGAAAUUGGAAUCACUAAUGCAUGAUCUCAGCCUGAAUAUAAUACACUAUAAAAAUAUAAAAAGUGAACAAU